GUAAGAAAAGGUAAAUAAAUAUUGAUAUUGAUACAAUAUUUUGAUGUAUAAAACAAACACGGAAGUCAAAAACAAAUCCAAAUCGAGCGACAGCAAUCAAUGAAAAUACAAUUUUUAUUCACUUCGAUUUCGCCUAGAUCAGACAGAGGUCAACAUUUGUUGAGACAACAGAAAAAUAACUUUGCGGUCUAUACACAGUUGCCUAUAAACCAACAGCCAUGGUGCAAGUAACACAAACCGAAGAAGAUAUCAAAAUAAUUAUCGAAUUGAAUCGGCUCAUAACGCGCAAACCGGAUGUGAUCCUAUUGCCACAAUAUAUCAAAUUCAAUAAUCCACCAAUAUUUUUCGAACGCCAUCUGGUGCACGAGAUCGACGAGGUAACCAGUUUUUGUCGCAUUUUCAAGAAUGAAGCGCGUAUUGUGCUCGUUAAAAAGCAGAAAGGCAUCUGGCCAGAAGUUUUUCAAAAGCUCUCCAAAGACGAAUUGAAGCAAAAACGUUUAGAAAUUUCCGAUUUAAUUGUAGAGCGUAAUAAAGAGCGUGAUAAGCUAGUUGUUGAGCGGUUUGAGCAAAAGCGGCGUACGGAAAUCGACAAAGAGGUAAAACGCGAAACGGCAAUGAGAGAGCGCGUCAAGCAGUUUCAGGAGAAUGCGCGUCGUGAAGCGUUAAUGGUAGGUGUUCGUAAGGAAACACAUUCGAAAUCACAGGCAACACCUCAAAUGUCAACACCGUCGGCAACCAUCAACAACACCAACAUAACGGGACAGCGUAUUGGCACGCCAGUGGUGCGACCCUGGGCAAGCAUGCGAAGUGGUGGCAAAAUAAACGUAAGCUUUUCCAAAUUUACAUGGAGCACACCGAAACGAGAGUCACAGGAGGGCAUACCGCGACCAUUCGCCAUACACGACAUGCAAACUAGUAACGAGCUGCAGGAGAGUCAAGAACAGUGCAAUGUGAAUGACUUGAAUGCAACAGAUUGAACGCGAAAGACAAUUUGAUAUAGUGUAGAUUUGCUGUCGUUAAAUCUAAAAAAAAUAUAAAAGUAUAUACAUACAUGUAUGUAUGAGGAAAUAAUUUAUGGACUGUCGGCAUGUGAUUUUUAAAUAAAUUAAUAAAUAAUUCUAGAGACGUUGUUUUAA